AAGAAAAUAUUUCUUUCAAUAGUAAUGUGUCUCCUGUUGUUGUUUCAAAUGAUGAUACAUUGACUGUAUCCUCCCAAAAAAUUAGUGGAAAACCUAAGUCAAUUGUAUGGGGCAGAUACAUCAAACAAGGAAGAGAAGUUUCAAAGGGACAUUGGAAUGCUACAUGUAAUUUUUGUGGGGUAUUUUGGUAUAAAGGUUCACCUGCUACUCUUGAAAAUCACUUAGGUAAUUUAUGUGUAAAAGUACCAGUAAAAGUUCGCGAUUUUUUUUUGGAAAGGUUAGUUACAAAGGCUAAUGGAACAACAACAAGAAAACGAAAAUCCAGCAAUCAAUCAAUACUUCCUGAUUAUAUUGAAAGCACUAAACUAACACCUCAACUUACUUAUUUUAAAAAAAGUUAUCUUGCAGGUUAUGUAGGAGAUACACUCAGAACUUUAGCCAAAGAAAAUCAUGUUGAAGGAGGUGGACUUAAACAAUGGAUUCUCAAUGAUAAUCCUGAAAUUUUAAAUACUUCAGUGCAAACAAUAUUGCAUAAAAGAGCAUUCCUUGAUGAUUUGAAAGCUCUAGCAUUUAUAUUGCAUCCAAUUAAAAUGGCAAUAUCUACUCUAGAAUCACGAAAUUGUUCAUUGGCAGAUUGCUUUAUUGCAAUUGCAAUUUUUAAUAAUCAAUUUGCAGAAUUUGAUGAUGAUGCUUAUGUUUUAUGUUUUUUCUUACACCCUGGAUAUGAUGAUUCUGUAUGGGCAAAAGGUGCAUUGCGACGUAUCUUACUCACAGCAGAUAAUUACUAUGAAAAAAUGGGAAAAAUUGAAAAUAUGCAAAAACUUUCUUCUUUCUAUCUUUCAAACUUGAAAAAUGAAUUACCAUAUUUUUCAGUAGGAAAACCCAUUGAAGAUUUACAUGAUAUAUUGUGUAAUACAGAUUUUUAUGAUGAUGAAAAUUUGGAAGAGGUGCAAAUUGCUGAAGAGACACACAACAUUUUCACAUUUCCAACAGAAGAAACACUUAGAAUUGAAGGAAUCUUGAAUCUAGAUGCAUCUGAUUUUACAAAUAAUUUAGAUGAG